UCAAUAAUAUCUCGUUUGUAGGGUUCCUCUCUGGCUUUGUCUCUCUCCUCUCUUUGUCUCUCUUUCUUCUGUUUUCUCUUUGAUCCAAAUCCCAACACCUUUUUUUUUUUCUUCUCCUUUUCCAUGUGCUCAAUUAUCAGCACAGAUCUUCUUCUCCCCCUUUUCCUUCGUUCAAACGUUCUCAAGAACUCUCAAGAAUCAUAAGAAGGAGAAGGGGUUUCAAGAUUGAACAACCCUUUUCGCAUUGGGUCCUCUAAUUCUCAUUUCUCUAUAAAUCUUCGAUCUUUCGCGGGUUUCUCUGCCUGGGGUUUCUUCUUUCUUCGUCUUUAUGGUGGAUAUGGAUGGGUUUGGAGCUGGGGGUGGCGUUGAUGGUGCUCCCAACACAGAGAAUCUUAGAGAAUUGGGGAAUGUUACCUCAGAAGGUGCAGUUUUUGAUGCAUCGCAAUAUGCAUUCUUCGGGAAAGAAGUCGAGUUGGGAGGGUUAGAAGAUGAUGACCGUUUGCCUACUCUUGAUUCUAAUGAAGAGGAGUUCUUUUUCAAUAGAGAAGAUGCCGAUGAUGUGAGAUCUCUUUCUGAUAUUGAUGAUCUUACUACCACUUUUUUGAAGUUGAACAAGUUCGUCAGUGGACCAAGAAGCGCAGGAGUUAUUGGUGAACGCGGAUCAAGAGAAAAUUCAACAUCUGAAUGGUCACAAAGGGAAGAUAGUAUUAACUGGUUUGAUCAGAAUCCUUAUGAUAGUGAAGGUUCUACAGAUAGCAAAAGAUGGUCAUCACAGCCCCAUUCUUCCCUAGCCCAUUUACAUGAUUCAAAGCCCUUGUACAGAACAUCAUCAUAUCCCGAGCAGCAAAGGCAGGAACAACACUACCACCUCCAACAUUGCUCUAGUGAACCAGUUCCAAACUGGCUUGAUCAGCACAUUUAUGAUUCAGAAACUGCUCAUGAUCAUGAUGGCAAACGAUGGUCAUCACAGCCACAUUCCUCCAUUCCACAUUUACCAGAAUCAAAGCCUUUGUACAGAACAUCUUCAUAUCCUGACAAGCAACAGGAGCUUCCUCGUUUUUCUAGUGAACCAAUUUUGGUACCAAAGUCUUCUUUUACUUCUUAUCCUCCCCCCGGUGGUCUAUCCCAGCACGCUUCUCCCAGCCAUAGUACAGGACACUUAAACAGUCCUUAUCAUAGUGCAGCAGCUCAGAUGGCUUUAUCAUCUCAGAAUCGUUCUCAUUUCUCCAAUUCUGCACUGCAGUCGGGUGCUUUAAAUCUUGGGUCACAUUUUGGUGGAAACACACGCCAAUUUCCUACUGGUUCCCAUCUUAAUCAGCGAUUACAGAAUCAAUUGGUCAACCAGGCAGGGUUGUACCCUGGAGAUCACUCAAGUCUCCUUAAUAAUAUGUUACAACAACAAUUUCACCUUCAUAAUGGAUCAGUAUCUCCUCACUUGAUGACUCAAUUACAACAACAGCAGCAUAGACUGCGUCAUCCUGUGCAGCGUUCUGCUGGCUACUUAUCAGGCUACCAGUCUCAUCUAUUCAAUGCCCACCUUUCCUCUGGCUCAUCUGCAAUUAACAAAUAUGACCAUGUGCUUGGUCUUGCUGAUGGUAGAGAUCAUAGGCCAAAAUCAACUCAUAAAGGUAAACACGGUCUUCGACAUUCCCAACAUGGUUCUGAUGCCAUUCAAAAGAGUGAUAGUGGUUCAUUUCAGUUCCGGUCCAAGUAUAUGACAAGUGAUGAAAUUGAAAGCAUUCUUAGAAUGCAACAUGCUGUGACACAUAGUAAUGACCCGUAUGUAGAUGACUACUACCACCAAGCUUGUCUAGCAAAAAAGUCUUCUGUGGCCAAGUUAAAACAUCCAUUUUGCCCAACCCAGAUAAGGGAAAUUCCUCCACGAACCCGUGCUAAUGCUGAACCACAUGCAUUUGUGCAGGUUGAUGCCCUAGGGAGAGUUUCAUUUUCAUCUAUUCGUCGGCCUCGCCCUCUUCUUGAGGUUGAUCCUCCAAACACUUCCAUAAGCUCUGAUCAAAAUAUUUCAGAGAAGCCUCUUGAGCAGGAACCUAGGUUUGCUGCCAGAGUUGCAAUUGAGGAUGGUCUUUGCCUUCUUCUGGAUGUGGAUGAUAUUGAUCGUUACCUACAGUACAAUCAGCUACAGGAUGGUGGAACACAAUUAAGACGAAGAAGGCAAGUCCUGUUAGAAGGACUUGCAACUUCACUUCAACUUGUUGACCCACUGGGAAAGAAUGGACACAAAGUUGGACUUGCUGCCAAGGAUGACCUUGUUUUCUUACGGUUGGUAUCUCUUCCCAAGGGACGCAAGCUCCUUGCAAAGUAUCUUAAGUUGCUUCCUCCUGGCAGUGAGCUUACGAGGAUAGUCUGCAUGACAGUCUUUCGUCAUUUGAGAUUCUUAUUUGGUGGUCUUCCCUCAGAUCUGUCAGCUUCAGAGACUACAAAUAAUCUGGCCAAGGUGGUUUGCCAAUGUGUACGAGGAAUGGAUCUUGGUGCUCUUAGUGCCUGUCUUGCUGCAGUUGUUUGUUCUGCAGAGCAGCCUCCUCUACGUCCCAUUGGAAGCACCUCUGGAGAUGGUGCUUCCCUUAUUUUAAUAGCUGUUCUUGAGAGGGCUACUGAACUUCUGACUGAUCCACAUGCUGCCUGCAACUACAACAUGGGUAAUCGUUCAUUUUGGCAGGCCUCAUUUGAUGAAUUCUUUGGCCUUCUCACCAAGUAUUGCAUGAAUAAAUAUCAUAGUAUCAUGCAAUCCAUGCUCAUACAAAGUACCUCGAAUAUGGAUGAUGUCGGACCAGAUGCUGCCAAAGCUAUUAGUAGAGAAAUGCCUGUUGAACUCUUGCGUGCUAGUCUUCCUCACACCGAUGAGCGUCAGAGGAAGUUAUUACUAGAUUUUGCUCAACACUCCAUUCCUGUGGUUGGAUUUAACAGCAACACUGGGGGUAAUGGAGGUCAUGUGAAUUCAGAAACAGUGUUAAGUUGAUAGAUAAAAUACAUGAGAAGUUCACCUCCUGAUACUGGUUUUCAGGUUAAUGAUCUUACCAAUGUUGUAAGGACAACCCUGCAUCUGUUCAAGUACUUCUGGAGCAAUCUUAAACGUGGAAAGUGUGAUGCAUCUAUGAUUGAGGCGCUGCCUCACCCUUAGUUGUCUGCUUUUCAUAAUGUGAAGCUUUGUGAUAAAUUUGCAAUCAGGUCCUUUAUGAUGGACUAGGCUUGAUCUGUUCCUCUUGUCUUUUCUUUUUCUCUUGACAGAGGAGCUUAUAUAAUUGUUACUAUGUGUGGCUGGUAGGGACACAGUAGUUGUUAGCAUGUACAGGUUUAGGUACAUAUUUGGUUCCCAUGUUUCCUGUUAUAGAUAGAAGGUUGGGAAUGGAUGACGUGUGAUAGAAUCAUUCUACUGAAAACAAAACCAUAAGGGCCAUUGAGGGGGUGCAAAUUUCACCGAGACACAGACACAGGUUGACCAGUUGGCAUGCUGAAAACCAUGGUGAAGAAUAAGUCAUGUUGAACUUGUUGCAUAUUUAUAUUUUUCACUUCAGUUGUCAAUUUGUAGAUAUGUGUUCUUAUGUAUUUCCUAACUUGAGAAUAUCUAAUUUCCUUUUUCUUACUCUGUCUUUGGCAUUAUAUUUUUUUGGAAAUUUUCUGAUGGUCAUUGCUCACAUGCUCCUUUUCCUAUCUGGAAAUAUAUGGAGGAAAAUGAAAUUGAAGUGGCCACUUUGAUGAUGGAUUGACUUGGAAGGAUUAUGGAAUAUUUGUUUCUAACUUUUCAUUUUAUGUUAUGGUGUAAUUAACUUUGUAGUCUUUACAACAUAGUUUUUUUAUUUACAU